AUGACUUCUGAAGCAUCCUGGCAACAUGUGAAGAGUCAAGAAAACCCUGCCGAUUGUGCUUCACGAGGUAUUGCAGCUUCCAAGCUAAAAGUUCAUAAACUGUGGUUGUCAGGGCCAGAGUGGCUAAGUCAGGAUUCUUUACACUUUCCAUCAAUUGAUUUGUCGACUUCCUCUGAAGAAGACGUGAAAUGUGAGGAGAAGUCAUCCACCGUUCUUACUAAUGUCUCAACAUCAAGUCAAGGCAGCUAUUUUUUGGAAAUCAUAGCUAGGUAUUCAUCAUUCUCACGUUUAAUCCGAGUCAUAGCUUGGUGUAAAAGAUUCAUCAACAAUUGCAGAUCAUCUAGAGUUUCUGGUGUGCUAACAUCAAAAGAGGUGGAUGAUGCUACCAAGAUUGUUAUUCAAACUGUACAAGAAUCACAGUUUCAUUCCGAAAUUCAACUUUUAAAGAAGAGACAUCCUCUUCCCAACAGCAGCAAGCUUCUGCCUCUAGGUAUUUUUCUGGACACUGAUGGAAUAAUCAAAGUUGGAGGAAGAUUAAAAAAUUCGAGCCUGAGUCCAAUUCAAAAACACCCAAUCCUCCUUCCUAAGAGCCAUCCCCUCACUAAUCUGGUCAUUCAGUAUUUUCAUCAUAUCAGUUUGCACAGUGGACCUCAACUUACCUUAUGCUGCAUUCGACAGAAAUUCUGGAUUCCUUCUGGCAGAGGAGUAGUCGGAAGACUUUUAUCCAAGUGCCAAACCUGCUUUCGCUUCAGAGCCAAAUCGAGUGAGCAGCUCAUGGGGAAUUUGCCUGCAAAUAGGUUCAGUACUGGCAGAGCGUUUUUAAACGUUGGCAUCGACUUUGGAGGACCAUUCAUCACCAAACCCAACGUUCCACGAAGCAAAGUAAAAUUAAAAUCCUACCUAGCGCUCUUCAUUUGCAUGGCAACAAAGGCUGUGCACCUUGAGGUUGUUUCGGACCUCUCAACAGAUGCCUUUUUGGCAGCAUUCCGGCGCUUCAUAUCCAGACGAGGAAAACCAACCAACAUGUUUUCCGACAAUGCAACUAACUUCAAAGGAGCCUCUUCAUAUCUAAAGGAACAGUUCAAGCUAAUCAAAUCUGUUGAAGUGCAGAACUUUGUAACUCAAGAAUCCAUUAAAUGGCACUUCAUACCCCCCACGGCACCUCACGUCGGCGGACUCUGGGAAGCUGGCAUCAAAUCGACCAAGCAGCUUCUAAUUAAAACAAUGAAAUCAGCUGUUCUGAACUUUGAAGAGCUUGUGACAUUGGUAACUCAGAUUGAAGCAUGCUUAAAUUCAAGGCCUCUAACUCCUCUGUCUAAUGACCCUCAAGACUUGCAACCUCUUACGCCAGGACAUUUCUUGAUUGGUGCUCCAAUGACUUCUUUUCCAGAAGAGGUCCCUUCACAAUCAGCGUGCUUAAGGAAGCGAUGGAAUUUAAUUCAACAUCUCCGAGGUCAGUUCUGGAGGAGAUGGCACCUGGAGUACCUAAAUCAAUUACAACAAAGAACCAAGUGGAAGAAACCAAGACGAAACCUGAGAGUCAACGAUUUGGUCCUUGUGAAGGAGGACAAUCUCCCACCUCUGCAAUGGAGCCUAGGCAGAGUUGUUCAAGUAUUUCCAGGAGACGAUGGUGCUGUUCGAGUCGUGGAUGUCAAGACCCAACGGGGACAAUUCAGACGCCCUAUUACCAAGUGUUGCCUACUGCCAACGGAAGACUGA